CCUCCAAAUCCAUAUCAACGCCAUAGAAUGAGAUCUCUCCUCUUCUCAUUCCUCGUCUUCUCCACGCUCUUCUUCCUCCCUGUCCGCUCCGACGAUGAGGAAGACAGCGAAUGCGUCUACACAUUCUACGUCAAGACCGGAUCCGGGUUCAAAUCUGGGACCGACUCCAAGAUCAGUGUCUCGAUCGGCGACCCGACGGGCCGCUCCGCCUGGAUCCCGAACCUCCAGCAGUGGGGGCUGAUGGGCCCGGGCCACGACUACUACGAGCGGGGACACGUGGACAUCUUCAGCGGGCGGGCGCCGUGCAUCGGCGCUCCCAUCUGCCGCCUCAACCUCACCUCCGACGGGUCUGGGUCCCACCACGGGUGGUACUGCGACUACGUGGAGGUCACCUUCACCGGGGCCCACAAGCAGUGCCGCCAGACCAUCUUCUACGUGGAUCAGUGGCUGGCCACCGACGCUGCGCCUUACAGGCUCACGGCGCUGCUCGACGGCUGCGGGCGGUGGACGUCGGAGGGGGCCAAGGAGGUGGAGGCAGGGAAUAGGCUUGGGAAUGUGGGUGGCAGGUUGGUCGUUGGGAAUCCGCCACCGGCGCCGGUGGUAGAGUUAUCUGCUUCAGCCUGAGGUUACGGGCCGUCAAGCUGGCCGGUUUUCAUUACUCACAAGCGAAGGACUAGUGAAUUUUGUGUUCUUACUUCAAGUGAUUAUUUUGAUCCGCCAAAAGCAUGAGCAUUUUUAUAAGUUGUUUAUUGGUUGCUAGAAUUUUGUUUUGAGAAGUCUCCAUUUUGCU